CGGGACGUAAACAUUGGCAUGUCACAUGAUGUAUGAGUAAAAUACAAGCGCCUCCUAUUUUCAUAGUUACAAGUCAACGUUUAAGAAUUCCGAGUUAGUUGUAACUAAUUCAACUUUAACUCUUCAGAGAUAUGAGAGAUUAACUCAGCAUGUCAAUGGAUAGCUCAAAAUCCUCCAAGUUUACCUUCCAGUCAUCUGUGCACAGUUCCCACGUUUUGCAAUGUCUAAAUGAACAGAGGAAGAAAGAUCUUCUGUGCGAUGUGACUGUUGUGGUGGAGAACCAGAGUUUCCGAGCCCACCGGGCCGUUCUGGCCUCCUGCAGUGAUUUCUUCAGCAUUCGUGUGUCUAGUCUUGCCACACCCGAAGGACUUGUCAUCAACCUUCCGGAUGAGGUGACUACCGAAGGAUUCGAGCCCUUACUGGAGUUCGCCUACACCGCAAAGCUCAUCUUCACCAAAGAGAACGUGCUUGAACUUCGCAACAGUGCAUCUGUCCUUGGUUUCAAGAACUUGGACAAAGCCUGCUUUGAUUUUCUUCUCCCCAAGUUCUUUGACAGCAGCAAAAGUACGUCAAAAUUCCAGAGGAAGCAAUGCUGCAAAACCAGAUGCUGCAAAGCGCGUGAGGCUUUGGCUACCGGGGAUGAUGUCACUGACGAAAACAUUCCUCAACCCUCACAGUCUCAGCUUCAAGAAAAGGAACAAUCUCUGCCUUCCUCUAUGCCCACUGAGGAUGCUACAGGAAGUCAGAAUGUUCAAAGCAACAAACACACAGACUACUCCUUCUUAUGUCCAAAAUACCGAAAGUUUCAGAUAGCUUGUGGGAAGACGCGACCCUGUUUGGAUGCCUGCGGUAUAGAAACGGUCCCCGUGCCCCUUGCGAGACCAAAAGACAAUUGCGCCCUAAACUGCCUUCCUUUCUCAAGCAAUGAAGACUGUAGCAAGUCAUCUACUUGGGACUUGACUAGCCGAGAAAUGUCCAAUGUCUCAGGUACAGACGAUGUUGGGACAGCCUUUAGCUGCUACAGUAACUUUGAGGCUUGCCCUGCUGAACAAAGCAACUCGCUCAGGAGCAUAGAAGAGUUAGAAGUGGCCAAACAGCUUACGGUCAUGCCGGAUACUUUUCCCACCCAGGCGUCUUCGUCCGGCCUGAUCUUGGCGGAGCAAGCAUUAAACUUCAAGUGUGCGAACUGGCAACUCGAUCCCAUGGCAUUGGACUGUCCAUUUUUUCAGAGCUUUGGUGCAGUGGGCGCUCAACUUCACGAUGUUGAGGGCAGAGACACAUCACAGGGCAGUCCAUAUGUACCCUCCAACCAAUCAGGGGAGGACUCUGAUAGUGUUGACACGGAGGGGGACAGUGAAUCCUACAGCAGUGAACGACUUCUGGAGAUGGCCCUGCCGCUCUCUGUGGACCAGAUCGUGUCGCUGAGCAGGAAUGACUUCCAGCAGAUGCUAAAGCAGCAGUGCUUGUCACGGGAGCAGCUCGAUGCCGUGCACGAUAUCCGGAGACGGAGCAAGAACCGUGUCGCAGCCCGCCGCUGCCGCAAGAGAAAACUCGACUGCAUCUACAGCUUAGAAUAUGAAAUCCAGAAACUGAGGAGUGAACACGAGAAGCUGACAGCCGAAAGGAUCCAGCUGAAUCAGUUGAAGAUUAAAACCUGGCAGAGUUACUCUGGUCUGUAUGAGAGGGUCUGCACUGAAGCUGCCCUCAAACCAGAACAGCUUCAGGUGCUGGCCAAAUACAGCUCACCAGACUGCCCACUGUCAGCAUUCCUUUGCCCCGCUUCAGACCUCCCUCAACGCCCUGAGCUCUGGCCUCAAGCUUCAACCUCCUCCUCCUGUUCCUCCUUACGCACCUGUUGCUCCGGAGCCAAAGUGCCGCUUGCUUCCUUAAUAGAAAACGCAUCUGGUGUUGAUCAAUAAAGCUCACAGAACAUGUUGUCUACAAGGCACGUAGAAGCUCAGUCUGAUAACUGUCUAGCUGAUGCCUUACCUUGCGAGAAAAGCGUGUACUGUUCGAUCCUGAAACUUGGCACGGAUCUCAUUUGUUACCAGGUAAGAGACUAAUAACAAAACAGAAGAUGUGGCUAAAAGGACCAAUGAAACUCACUGUAAGAGUUUUCUUUUUGUGUAAGUUGCACAAACUCACCAAAGGUGCAUUUAACAAAUGUGACAUCACUACCGUUUUUGUCUUAUCUCUUUUUACACUUUUUUUGUGUUUGUGAUUGAUGAUGUCAUUGUUACGCAUUCCUCUACCUAAAUCAAGACUGUAUAGUUUUACACGUCCCCAGAACAUCCACACUACUGACAUUUAAUCCGCCUCAACUCACAGGGUAAAGAUUUCCCGAAUGCUAUACAACACACCUCAAUAUCUUCUUCUCAGGGGGACAAAACUGCCUUUUACUAUAUAUAGUGUGUCGUAGAAGCACUUGUACUGAAACGCCUCUAUUUGUUGAAGAUGGGACUUUUUGAGCCAAAUCAAAGUUAUUAAGCACAUUUACGAUCUGAAAGUGAAUUUGAUAUUAAACUCUCAGGUGUGCAGAACUGCACAUGCUGUUCUGUUAUAUAUAUUUUUUUAAUUUAACUGAAAGUUUUUCACAGGUUCUUUACAGCAGUCAUUUAUAAGCAAACACAGUAGCAUUGUUUAUGUCACAUGGAAAUAAAAAAUCUGAUGAUUUUUUUGGAAUUUAUGAUAUAUUUGUUACAUUGCUUGGGUCCAAAUGACGCUGUUAUGAAAGCUAGUUAAUAAAUGUGUUUAGAAAAUCUGUGAAUUUUAAAGACUUGA